AUGUCGAAUCGUCAGAUUGCGCAAUUGAUGGAUAUGGGCAUCAACAGGGCUGUGGCAGUGGCGGCCCUGGCAUCCUCUCGGGAUGUCGAGGAUGCAGCCGAAGCUGUUUUCUCGGGCAAAUUCGACCACAUCGAAGCGGACGCCGAAGCCGAGGAUGCUAGCGUUGUGGAAGAAGCAGAUACGUGCUCUCUAGGUGGUGGAGAUGAGCAGGCCAGUUCUCACGGAGAUGACGAGUGUGGACUCUCCACCUUCUCAGGUAAGCACAGCAGAACCGCAUUCUCUGCAAGAGACCCUACUGAUUGCGAGCUCUGUGCUUGCUAAAGAUGACGAUCUCGAAGGGGCAGGCGAGACCUCCAAUGACAACGACCCCUACAGAAGGGUUGAAUUCUCAAAAGGGCACAAAGAGGUGGUGAUCGAAGUGGAAGAGGUGGGCGCAGUGGUUCAGACCUCCACUGGGCCCGCAAAGCAAUUGACCCAAACAGAGUGGAUGAAGGGCGUAGCAGUGGGGUCAGAACAAGCCGUAUGUCCUCGAACAGUGCCCCGGGAUCCCAAUCGUCGUUGUUGCUGACCAUGUCUGAGGGCAACAGCAUCUGUUCGGUCUGUACCAAGAUCUGCAACAGACUGUCUCUUGUCACAGAUGCGGACUGGUUCCCGAGCUCGAAUCCGACUUCAACAUGCUCCUUAUUUUUCCAUCUCUCAAGGAAUUUGUAGCCCAUAUUACUGAGCACAGCGUCCUGCGCUGUAGUUUUUGCCAAGAGCAGACAUGUGUAGCUUGUCGACAAAGCUACAUAGAGGAAGAGGCUCUGCCGCGAGCCGAAUGCCCAAGUGCGAAGAGUCCAGAAAAAGGUGUCCCAAGUUCCAGCGAGCCACCGCUGCCUGCGCACCUACUCCACUGCUCGCAACUUCAGGCCAUUUGUCUGGCUGUAGGGCUGGCUCAUAUCGAGGAUUUGCUCAAGUGCGAAGAUGUGAAGAAUCACGCGAGCUCUUUGAAGCGUCACAGACCUGCUAGUGCGGCAGAGGGCAGGUCCGCGGCGAAGAAAGCCAACAAUGCGUCAGCUCCCAUCGAUACAACAUCAAACGGCCCCAACAAAGCGUCAAAGCUAGCCUCUGAAACGCCAGCAAACGAGGCAAUGUCAUCUUACUCCCUUCUCGAUGACCACAGCUUUUACACGUCUUUGGGGAAAUCGCGGUCCGACCGCCAGAACGGCACUGGCUUCGCAGGCAGCAGCUCCAACGAGCACUUUUGGACCCAAGCAUCCAAUAGCAAACAGCAACUACAAGAUGAGCGCAUCCGGGAAGCUCUCUUUCAAGUUAGACCAUUCCUGCCGGAUGUCCAUCGCAGACCCAUAGCGGCUCAGUCCGACUUCAUGCCUCACAUCACGAGCAUCGCCGCGGUGCGUCGUCGGUUCUUGCCCAUAGCUUCUGCUUUGCUCCGCACAGAAAGGUAAGUAGCAUGGGAGGCAAGUGUGGAGCAGUAGCGUGAUCCUAAUCUGCUCCCCACCAGCCUGAACGACAUGACCAGACGAGCAGCGCUCUUUCAGGAACUUUUGAAUUUCUUUCAGACUCUGUCGUACCAUGAGGCGCUCUCGGCGCUGUUGGCUCAGGUCAGUCGUGCCAAUCGUUACGCGUGUCCUCUCGUAGUAAGUAAGUGGCAAUUGACGACCACUCUGUCUCACAGCCCAUCAUGACCCCACGUUCUGUGCGCGAUGUCGUGCGGACGGACGGGAGGACCGAGAAGGAAGUCACAUACGAGGGUGACAAAGGACCUCGAGAGCUGGCGCAAAACGUCGUCAAUCAGUGCCUAGUCUUUCGCAACAGCAUUAAGCGCAUGCAAGCACAAGCGACCAAGGAAGAAGCGGAGAAAGCGCUGGUGAGGGAUGCAUCUGAGGCCAAGGUCGGGGACAAGAGACCGAAGGUCGCGGCAUACGCCAAGCUUGACGCCGAAGGACAGAGGACGAUGGAGCUCGUGGAUUCAUUCAUAUCACAAGUGAGUCGCACAAGCGUACCGUGCUGCGUCAACGCGACAGGUGCUGAGACGAUGGCCAACACCUCUUUAGGUGGAUCGCAUCGACGCAGGCCUGCGUCACUCCAAGGGCGAGGCUUUCCUGAAUGCAUUACUGGCGCAGGUCGGAGGAGCACCGUCGACAUUGCCUGAUGGUACAAUUUCUGCUCAGUCCAAAGAAGAACGGCAGGCGGCGUACGCGGCGUGGUCCGCCAGGUGAGCAGGCGCGCCGUCGGCGUCAGCAACCAAGCUCGCGAUGAGCUAAUCACCUCACGAAUCCACCCUAGCGAGACUUGGCAAGAAGUUGACAUGCUUGAGACCGGCAAAGUGAAUGAGUGGCAGCACGCCUUCAGCAGUACUAUCGCUACGACGUCGGUUGCUAGCAAUGCGAGAAGGGGAUUGGCGAUUGCAAGAGAGCUCUCAAGCUUGAGGAUUGCUUUGCCAGACACCAUCUUCGUGCGCGUCGACGAGUCACGCCUGGACAUUCUCAAAGCUUUGAUAAUCGGACCCGAAGGCACGCCCUACUCGUACGGGGCCUACUGCUUCGACAUAUUCCUCCCUGACAGAUUCAAUCAGGAGCCCCCCAAGGUCAAGAUUGUAUCGACCUCGGGCGGCAGGGUGCGCCACAACCCCAAUCUGUACGCCGAAGGCAAGGUCUGUCUGAGCCUGCUCGGAACAUGGACAGGUCCAGGCUGGAUUUCCGGCACAUCUACAAUCCUGCAGGUCUUGAUCAGCAUCCAGUCUUUGAUUCUCGGAGAGUCCGAACCGUGCACAAAUGAGCCUGGCUGGGAAGACUUUUUGGGCAAGCCCAAGAGCAAAGAGUAUUCGUUGAACAGUAAGUACACGAGACGUUUGAUUGUUGCGACCGAGACUCUGCUGAAACAUCUGAUAUCUCAGCUCGCCGGCAAGCGGUCAAGGUGGCUAUGAUCGAGGCCCUGACUUCUCCGCCAGCUUUCUGGAAAGACACCAUUAGGGGCCACUUCAAGAUGGUCAGGCACGAUCUCUUGGGGCAAUUGGCCGCCUGGCUCAAAGAAGAUGAUGGCCGUCCGUGAGUACCUUGUUGCCAAGACGAAGCGAGGAAACAGGCGACAGUACGUUUUUGAUGCCUCGUUACCUGCUCACAGCAUGGCGCGAGAUAGCGCAAGUGGAAUGCACAGCCUACCCAGCCCUUCGGCCUCCGCAGCUGUCGCCGCCACACAGAAGAAAAACAGUGGCAGCAAGACUCCAUUCGAGACAGAUGGUGAGUCGAGUAGGUAGUGUUGAGAAAGGUCGCGAGAAAAAUUGAACAACGUGCUGAUGCUUAAUUGUGCCGUGGAUUUAAAAGUCGCACGCUUGAAGGAGCUCCUUGACACUCUGUGA